GAAUUGUUCGCAUGCGCACAAGGUACAAGUUGAUGCAGCGUAUGAUGGCAAGUUGACGUCUGCUAUAAUUGAGGUUAAGUUAUUAUACACCGAUCAUCAUGAUGUCCAGUAGAUCGAGUUCGUUGUUACGACAACUUUAUAAGAGAUUGGUAUGGAAUCGUCAGUUUUCUUCGACAGCUCCGACAUUGGAUUCGUGCACAGCGAACGAAAGAGAUCCUGCACCAAUCUUUUUCGACGAACGGAUACAAGACUUAUUGGUAAUAUUGACUCGCAUAGAUUACGAAAAGGUGUUUGCGCCUCGUAAAGAGGGAGUAAGGUUUAGCACGCCAGAAUGUAGGUUCAUGACGGACGAAGAGUUGAAAGCAGCACAAGCGGCGAUGGAGAAGAAAGCGAGGGGACGAUUACAAAUGCCACCCGUGGUUAAACCGAGAGUAGACGCGAAUCAAGUAUUAUCCAAAGAUUUUGGUAUACAAGGUUUCUCCGACACGAAUAUCGUAUUUACCGACAUAUCGUUCGGAGGCACCAACAGACACCGAUUGAUAGUGGUGCGGGAGCCUAGCGGUAUAUUGAGACACGCGAAUACCAAAGAAAGGCAUCGAAUGAAUCAAGUCUACUUUCCCAUUAAAGAUAGAGAAAUUCAUACUCCGAAAAUGUUUUCUGAUCCAUAUUUCAAAGAUCUGCUGGAGAGGGAGGAAUUCGUGUUCAUUUUGGAUAGGGCGUGUUUACAGUUCGAACCGGAUGAUUCAGAUUAUCAAAAGAUCACGCAAACGGUGUACUCUACGGUGAAUCAAUGGAAAAAAUUUGACGCUUUGCGUUCGACACGACAUUUCGGUCCGAUGGCGUUCUAUCUAACGUGGGAAAAGAAAAUCGACGAUCUGUUGCAAGACGUGAUAAAAAAUGAGAAGAUCGAGGAAGCCGCCGCACUCAUACGUCUGUAUCAUCUCGUUCAUCCGGAUGCACGAUCCGGCCAAGAAGCGACGCGGAACGACUUAGAACUCAUUAGACGUUACGCGGAAUUGGAUGCGGCAGACCGAUUCGGCAUUACGAAAGCUCUAGACAAGUACGAGUUAAUGUAUGAAGAGAAACAAAAAGUGAUAGACGGUAUAAAGAAAUCGCACGGCCAGAUCGAGAAUACGGAUGAACCGAAAACGUGAAUCGUGUCGAGAGAAGUUGUUUUUUGCCUCCUCGUUUGGUACAAAUGUUGUUACGAACAAAUAAAUAUAUGAUUCGUGACGAUGAAUCGUUACAACUUCGAUGGUUA